CAUAGAAAAUGGGCCCCCAUGAUACACUUGUCAAAUAUAGACAAUGCCCUCAUACAACUUUUGUUGGUUGUAUCUCACUUAAAAUAAAAUUUUUCCAACAGUUGCCCUGUGACUUAUUGGCAGUAGUAGUUAAUUGUAGCGCCAUUCAAUAUACAACUGACCAAAGCAAGCAUUUUCGGGAAGCAAUUGUCAUAGACCAGAGCAAGAAACCUUUCCUAUUUACUAUAUGGGGUGAUCUAGCCGACAACGAAGGAGCUGAAUUACUACACCAUCUGCAUGAGUACCCUGUCAUUCUUGCGAGACGUAUAGGCGUUACUGAAUUCCGUGGUGCUCUAAGACUAGCAACAAGAUAUCAGUCGAUAAUCUCAACAAAUCCUCAGUAUGUGCAGGUUACUACACUGACAAACUGGGUAAAGCACAAUGAGCGAAUGUUGUUGUCUUACACUUUAAGAAGCUCAUCAUUAUCAUCAUCCUCACUAAAUCUUGCGCCAAUUGAAGAUCAAGUGCUAGCUAUAUCAACCAUUCCGGAGUUGUUAUCUACGGUACAAAGUUUCCCCGUGGAAGACAUUAUCGCUCCCUGACCGUCCUCAACCAUUUUACCUGCUUGUGUGCUCGAAUUGCAGUCAGUUUAUGCGCCCCAAAACUAAGAAAAUGGUUCGAUGUUUCAGAAUGACAAUUGGUUCCCAGUGGCAGCAGAACAGUUUCCAGACACAACCUGUUUAUGUCGACAAAAUGAAAAGGUGCCACUUUGAGGUUAACAUCAUGGAUGCUAGCGAUACAAUUAUGGUAAUGAUCUCAGAAACUCUCGGUGAAAGAAUAUUGUCCUUAACCACUGAACAAAUAUCUGUCCAGGUACACAUACAAUUAACAACAGGAAAAACUCAUUUCCUUAAAAUUUAGUUCUCUCAGUAAAUAAAACCCCUAAUAUUAGACAAAUUUUUAUUUAUCGUGGUGUUUUUUUCCUUUUCUACUUAGCAACAACUGCUAUGUAUUUUCUGCAUAAAUCAGCUACUCGCUCAUAAAUUAUUUAAGCUCCAGCUACAAAAGCCAUUAUUCAGAUUUCCUGAUCAAAAAGCUGGUACACUGGCUAUCACCUUCUUCACUGAAAUCCCACUUUCUACUGAGGAGCCAGGUAAGAGGCAGAAAAUUGAUCCACCCACCCCAGUGAAAAAAAAUUGAAGGUACCAAUACUUUCAAAAUUGAAUUUACUACUGUGGGCUAGCUAUUAUGUGACUUAAUUAUGCCUACCUUGUGUUGUAUAUCUAAAUUCCUCCGUUAUGAAUUUGUACUUUGAAGAUUUGGGUUGAUCGCAUUGAUAUUAGUAGGGAUAAUUAUGACGGGGUUGAUACUAAUUGGAUUAAAUAUGUUCAUUGCAAGAACACCACAUAACAUAUACUUACAUACUUGCUAACACAAAACAGAAAAAAAAAAAAAAACCUAUCUUAUUAGUAUAUAUAACUGUCAUUGUUUCAAUCUUUUAUUGAAGCAUAUUUACAACAUAUUCCUUAGUUAUCAACUUUCUUUAGGCUUUGUUUGCUAGCUAUAAUUAUAUAACCCCUUCUCAUUUUUAUUAGGGGUUAUUGUGAAGAAGUUUGAACUUGAAUUUGGUCAACUGGGGCAUGCAAAUUGUUGAAUAAUUAUGGAAUAUUCUCGCUUUGCAAUUAGCAUGCUAAACUUUCAAUCUUCAGCUAUAUAUCUGCGACCCCUUUUAGUUUCAGAAAGGUUUUGAACCUGUAAUAGCGUCACUUACUGCAUGUAAAUUCUUUACUAUUGUGCAAAAGUUGCAAUCUUUAUAUAUUUUUUGGUCAACCCUUUCGAUAUCUUGAGGUUCUUAACCUGAAAUAUGAUUAUCCACUAUGGGGUUAUUGUUAUAUUGCUUAAUUAUAUGUAUCUGUAAUUUUCCUGUGCUUGUCAAUUGUAUUCGGAUCAGUUAAAUGUUGUAAAUAACAUGUACAUUACAGAAAAUUUGAACAACUACUUUCAAUUAUUCUACCCAAGUGAAAUUUUUUAAAAAUAUGUAUAGUUGCUGAAAAAAUACAUUUUGUAUCCAGCAUUUGCAGUAUGUCAAUCUCAGCAGCUCACUCUACAACUACAUUUUGGUGGCCUUUACCAGCUUCGUCACAUGGUAUGACAUGUACAAAGGAAUUUUGGUUGGCUAUAUCAGCAUCACACAGUCAGGCUGCAUAAACAAAGUUUUUGUGUUUUUAUAUAAUAAUCACACUUUAACAUAUAAAACCUAUAUGUUAAUAGCUUGCUUUUGCGCUUUGAUGUAACAAUCACACCUUAAUAUACAAAACUUCCAUGUUAAUUGUUUUACUA